UGCCAUUGAGGAACAAUGGAAUCUGGCUGUCAGUCAAUCGACUCGGAGGAUCGACAAGCUGCAAGAGAAAAGUUCCGCACAGCACAACAUCCGUUUAUAGGUGCUAUCGGUGCAAUAGAUUGCACUUAUGUAUCGAUUCUGGCACCGCAACUUCACAAAGAAGCUUACGUCAAUCACUGGGGUGAUCACUGUCUCAAUGUUCAAGCGAUUUGUGACCCUGAUUUAAAAAUUCUAAACAUUAAUGCUCGAUAUCCUGGGGCACGACAUGAUACAUAUAUUUGGGCAAAUUGUGCUGUUCGUCGUGUCAUGGAACGAUGGUAA